AUGCGUUCAUUCACCUUACCGUUGAUUGCAGCUCUAUUUGCAGCGCAUAGUCUCGCGAAGACAUGCACCGUGAGGCCUCUCGGGCACGGUAGAAGCGAUGUCUCUCAGAUUGAGGCGGCUAUAGCUGAAUGCGGGCAGCAUGGAACAACCGUCAUCGAAGCCGGAGAAUACAACAUCACCAGAAAGAUGCAAUGGAACUUGGCCAACUCUCAUGUAGACCUUCAUGGCAAGCUUAACUUUGUGUUCGACCUCGCAUACUGGAUGGACCCCGCGAACACCUUCCAAGUAAUCUUCAUCCAGUCCCAGUCUUCCUGGUUCGUCAUCACCGGCCACGACUUCACCAUCGACGCGCACAACACGGGCGGAAUCAUAGGAAAUGGCCAGCGUUGGUGGUCAUGGUACGGCAACGGGACACGGCUCGACGGCGACGGGCGGCCUGUCGCGCUGACGCUCUCAAACGUCACGCGCGGAACCGUGCGCGGCUUCGUCGUCGAUGCGCCGCCAUUCUGGUGCAAUGCGGUCGCAGACUCGCGCGACGUGCUCUACGACGGCAUGCACUGCAACGCGACGAACGCGGACCCGACAUAUUUUGGGCAGAACAUCGUCUGGAAUACCGACGGGAUCGACACGUUCCGUUCCGAGAACAUUACGCUCCGCAACUUCGACAUCACGUCCGGGGACGACUGUUUGGCAAUUAAGGGGAACUCGACGCGGAUACUCGCGCAGAAUGUGACAUGCCGAGGCGGGACCGGAAUCGCGUUUGGGUCGGUGGGCCAAUACGCGGACCUCCCAGAUUAUGUUAGCGAUGUGGUCCUGGAGGACGUCACCUUCGUCCGCCCGGACCCGCAGAUACAGCCUUUGAUGGAACAUGGGGUAUACUUCAAGUCCUGGACGGGCACGCGGAUCGGCUUCCCGCCCACCGGGGGAGGAGCCGGCGGCGGCCGUGUUUCCGGCGUCGUGGUCCGCAACGUGAAGCUGGACGAGGUGACGACGCCUAUUCAACUAUACCAGACGAACCUGGGACACCCGGGCGAUGCGGCGUCGAAGCUGCAGUUCGCAAAUCUGACAUUCGAGCACUGGUCGGGGACGGCACAGAACGCCACCAUCGUUGAUCUCCAGUGCAGCUCUGCGGCGCCAUGCGCGGACCUCACAUUCGAGGAUAUCGAUAUCGCGGCACCGGCGGGCGAGGACGCUGCGUACAACUGCGUGCAUGUCGCGAGCGCGACAGGGCUUCCCGCGGGGGCGUGCGGUGCGAGUGCAGUCAAACGGAGAUGA